ACUGAGAGAAUCCAAACAGAUGCUCAUCAUCUUCCUCCAGAAGGAGCUGGUGUCCUCCUGUGAAAGGUCAUGAGGUGAGCAUUGCAGCAGCAGCAGAGUCUCUGUGGUUGAGAGCAGGGUACCGGUCAUGUUGGACCGAACGGACCCGGCCCACUGCACCGUGUGCUGCUGCACGCUGGUCAACAAAGUCCUCAUGGUGCUCUUCAUGGUGCUGCUGGUCUUCGCCAUCUUGUUUGGAAACUUGGUGACUCUGGCUGUGGUGGUGGGGACCAAGGACUUCCACACGCCACAGGGAUACCUGAAGGCGUCCCUCGCGGUGGCGGAUCUGGCGGUGGGGAUCUUCGUGGUGCCGCUGUCCGUCUACGCCGAGGUCUACCUCAUGGUGACGGACUCUGCACCAGAGUGGACCUCCUACAACUCGCAGGUCGUGAGUUUCCACCCGUGCAACGUUAUCGGGCCCAUCUUUGCCGGGUGCACCUUGGUGUCCAUAUCGACCAUCUUCCUGCUGACGGUGGAGCGGAGCAUCGCGGUGUUGAUGCCGCUGCACAAGGACUCCGUGAUCACUCGUAAGAGAACCACGACCCUCAUCGUCCUGUCCUGGGCGGGGAGCUUCUUCUUGGCCGUGUCUCCGAUGCUCUUCAGCAGCGAGAUCGCUCUGGAGUACAACUCCUGCAGCCGCAUGUGCAACUACGUGCUGGGGGUCGUGGGCGAGUUCCCCAGCCAGGCCUGGAACAUCCUCCUGCUGUUCCCAGUGUUUGACUUCACCCUCCUCUGCGGCACUGUGGUGAUAAACAUCGUGUCUCUGUCCAGCAUCCGGCAGCACUCGAAGCGCAGGAAUCACCUGGCCGGGUCCGAGGUUCAGAGGAAAACCAAUCCCAGCUUCUCUGACAUCAAGGCAGCGAAGACCAUCGGGACUCUAACGGUGGCGUUCACAGCGUCGUUCACCCCCAUCGCCGUCUUCGUGGUGGGAAACGUUUUGGGGAACAAAUGGUGCAACUUCUCCUUCUUCGCCUUCUGGAUUCUGGCCUCCAACAGCUGCUGGAAUGUCAUUAUUUACAGUGUGAGGGAUCAGAAGUUCAGGCUCAGUGCUCACAAGCUCUUCCAGAGACAGAACCCAACCAAGACCUAAAGAAAGCAGAGAAGGUCCCGGACCGACGCUCAGAGGAGAACCUGAGCAGAACUGCAUCAUGGAGACGAGAGAAGCUUGUCUUCAGAUCCCUGCUCCUUUUCUUACAUCAUAAAAGAGCAUGAACAGUUUGAACAUCACAAAUGUGAAGUGUCCUUCAUUGUGUUGUUGUGUGUGACGCUGCAGCUCCACAACCUGACGGUGUGUCGGUGUGUAAAGAUCAGGGACAGACUCUGAGGACUGACGUCAACCGGAGACAGUUACGGUGAAACAUCAGAAUCCUGAAGGAGCCGCGUCACACAGAAACCAUCAAGGACAAAUGACUAAGAGAUAAAAGCAAGAAGAGGUGAACAAUCCCUGAGUGAGUGAGGAGAAGGAGAAGAGGAGGCUGAGAGAUGAAGAGUAAAAACACUUGCCUUGACUCUUGAGGUGUGAACACGUGUCGUUCACGGUUUCCCACACGAGCUGAACACGUGACAUGUUUCUCGGUACCACUCAGUUCUGUGAUUGAUUGUUGAUUGUUGAUUGUUGAUUCUCUUUGUGCUCCUCAGAGACGCUGAGAGUCAGACCUGCAUCGACUUCUCAUUAUGUAACAAUCUGUCUCUCACACAGCUGAUUGAAGCAAGUCACAGAACAACAUUUCAUAGUUUGUUAUCGUGACCAUGAACAGAGUGUGGAGACGCUGCAGCACGUUAGUCGAACCGGUUUAUUCAGCUCAGUGAAACCCUCAGGGGAACGUUUCACAGUCCAAUUAAAGCUGUGAGCUGUUUAUCACCCAGAACCUGACAAACACGUUUCAAUUCUGAAGAAGCUCUGAAGAGGAUGAGCUGAUUGGAAGCAUGAGCGUGGGAUUGGAACCAGGUCCUGACUGGAUGUGGAUCUGGAACCUGUGACUGAAGCAGCCUGAGGAGUUAGGAUCAGUCCCAGGUUCUGAAGUUCUUGUCACGUCUGAGGAUUUGUCAUCAGGAUCAAACUAAAACUUUGAAACCAUUUUUCACAAAACUCGGUUGAACGUUGGGACAAGAGCCAAGAAAGAACUUGUAUUGUGGCAUGUUUUCUAAUUUUCAAUCUCUUGACGACAUGUAUUCACAUUUUCACUGAUUUCUCAGAGAAUUAUUCAUGGAUCUGCUUUUAUGUACUUUUGU